UGUCCCCUCCUUAUAUCAGAGGUGACAGAGGAAGGCGUAUCGCUCCAUGGGAAUGUCCCUGUCAGCAUCAGGGCCCAGGGGCAGGCAGACUGCCCUAUUUGCUUCAGAACUUCUCUCCCCAACUUGGCUGGUUUCACCAUCUGAAGACCCUUUUAUGCUUGAGCAGGCACUGGAAUCUAGUUGACAGUUUGGGUGACCAUAAAGGGACCCAGAGCAGACUUCCCUCCUUUGCCUGAACUCUAGAAGGAACCAGAGCCUUGGUACCAGCAGAGGCCUCUUGUGCCCAUUCGACUGUUUGGAGAGUCCAGAUGAAUUUGGGUUUGUGGUUACCCCCUGGCUGGGCUUCAUGGAGGAAUCUUCUCUGGUUUCUAAUCUGAAUCCCAGAGCAGCCCCCAUCUUUCAGUGGACAGAAUGAGAGGCCUUCUGUAACGAGGCAUAACUGGCCAUCAUGGGGAAAUUGAUCAGGAUGGGGGCUCAGGAGAGGCGGUUACUCUCGCCAAAGCGGCUUCAUUGGAGGCGCCUCCUCUUCCUAUUGGGAAUGCUGAUCAUGGGUUCCACCUACCAGUACCUGAGGAGCCCCCGGGGGCUCCCCUCACUGUGGGCAGCAGUCUCUUCCCAACACCCUGUAAAACUAGCUAGCCGGGAGCUUUCCAACAAUGAGAUGAUGAUGGUGAGCAGUGACCCUCCAAAAUCUAGCUCUGAAAUGGAGGUUGAGACAUGGGCACCCCAAGCCACAGUAGGCAGAGAUGGAACAACACCUGGUAUAACAAUGGAGAACACCCCCAGUAUACCUAGAAGAAUAGCCAGCGUCAUUCCAGCAACACCCAAGAGCAGUGACAGCCCAGCAGCAGCCCGCACAGAAAAAGUGAAGGAAGACACCCCAGCCACACCCAGUGGAGCACUGAAUCACUACCCUCCAACUUCAGGCAGACCAGCGGUAAAUAAUUAUACCCCAGCAACACCCAGGGGAGAAGUGAAGAGCUACCGCCCAACUCAAACCAGGGCAAAGGUGAGGAAAUACACCCCAUCCCCACUUGGUAGGAUGGUGAACAGUUACACCCCAUCCACUUUCAUGACAAUGACCAGGAGCCAUGGGAUCACCCCCAGAGCAACAGUGAAAGACAGUGAAAUUAUGACAACCAACAAAAUACUGGAUACCAACCCUUCCAAGAGAGUAGUGGAGGAAACCACCCCAACUCCUCUCAAAGGAGUAACUGAUAACGCCCCACCCUUCCUGAUAAAUGACUUAGAAACAGACAUCUUGACUUCUCCAAGGAACGUAGUAGAAGAGAAGACCCUAACAACCACCAGAAGAGUGGACAAUAAUAGCUCAACCAACCACCGGGGGUUAGUGGGAAAAAACAGCCUGAGAACACCCCAAGGAACAGUCCUGGAGCACACCGCAGCCAUCUCUGAGGGGCAGGUGACAGUAAGCAUCACGACAGGCAGCAGCCCAGCAGAAACCAAAGCCUCUACUGCUGCGUGGAAGGCUAGGAAUCCCUCAUCCAGAACCAGUGCACCGACCGUUGGAAUAUCCUCAGCCACCUUCUGGGGGCUGGUGAAGAACCCUUCCCCAGCACCCACCACUCCAGCAACCCCCAGGGUCAGGGCAAGUCUGACCACUCAGGUCCAUCACUGUGUGGUUGUGGAGCCAGUCCCAGUCUCGCCCACUGUCCCCUCCCCCAGUCUGACAACAGCUGGGAUGCCAGAGGCUCCCAGUCCCUCAGUACUGCCUUCUGGGCAGCCAGACCUCCACCCCAAGGUUGAGUACCCCCGAGACCUGUUCAGUGUGAAGGAGCGGAGGCAGGGCUGGGUGGUCCUGCACAUCUUUGGCAUGCUGUAUGUGUUUGUAGCCUUGGCCAUCGUUUGUGACGAGUACUUUGUCCCAGCCCUGGGUGUCAUCACAGACAAGCUGCAGAUCUCUGAGGAUGUGGCAGGUGCUACGUUCAUGGCUGCUGGAGGCUCUGCCCCCGAGCUCUUCACCUCCCUCAUCGGCAUCUUCAUCUCCCAUAGCAAUGUGGGCAUCGGCACCAUAGUGGGCUCUGCGGUGUUCAACAUCCUCUUUGUCAUUGGCACUUGUGCCCUCUUCUCCCGGGAGAUCCUCAACCUCACCUGGUGGCCCUUGUUCCGUGACAUCACCUUCUACAUCCUUGACCUAAUGAUGCUCAUCCUCUUCUUCCUGGAUAGCCUCAUUGUCUGGUGGGAGAGCCUGCUGCUUCUGCUGGCCUAUGCCCUCUAUGUGUUCACCAUGAAGUGGAACAAACAGCUUGAGCUCUGGGUGAAGGAGCAACUCAGCAAGAGGCCAGUGGCCAAGGUCAUGGCCCUAGGAGACCUUAGCAAGCUGGGCGAUGGGACAGUUGUGGUGGAUGAGCAACAGGAUAACAAGAAGCUGAAGCUCGCGUCCGUGCUGACCCAAGGGAGCAGCUCGGCCUCUCUGCACAACAGCACCAUCCGCAGCACCAUCUACCAGCUCAUGCUCCGCAGCCUGGACCCUCUGGGGGAAGCCCGGCCCUCCAAGGACAAGGAGGAGGAGAGCUUGAAUCAGGAGGCCAAAGCCAAGCCUCAGGCCAAAGGAGAGAGCAAACCAGAAGAGGAGGAGCCAGCCAAGCUCCCUGAGGUCACGGUCACACCAGCCCCUGCUCCAGACGUCAAGGGAGAUCAGGAGGAAGAUCCUGGCAGUCAGGGAGAUGUGGCUGAAGCUGAGAGCACAGGUGAAAGGACAGGUAAUGAGGUUAAAACUCCUGGUGAAGGUGAAAAUGGAGAUCAAAGUGGAGGUGAAGCUCGACCAGAAGGUGAAGGUGAAGAAAAAGGAGAGAAUGAAAGUGCAGGUGACAUCCAGGCAGAAACGAAAGGAGAUGAUGAAGGUGAAGGUGAAAUCCAAGCAGGAGAAGAUGGUGAAAUGAAAGGUGAUGGAGGUGAAACUGGAGAGCAGGAAUUGAACGCUGAAAAUCAAGAUGAAGCCAAAGAAGAUGAGAAAGGUAUAGAUGGUGAAGAGGAAGGUGAUGGAGGUGAGAGUGAAGACGAAGAGGAGGAGGAGGAGGAGGAGGAGGAAGAGGAGGAAGAGGAGGAAAAUGAGGAGCCUUUGUCCCUGGAAUGGCCUGAGACCAGGCAGAAGCAAGCCAUUUACCUCUUUCUUCUGCCCAUUGUGUUCCCACUGUGGCUGACGGUGCCCGAUGUCCGGAGGCUGGAGGCUAGGAAAUUUUUUGUUAUCACCUUCCUGGGAUCCAUCAUGUGGAUAGCCAUGUUCUCAUACCUCAUGGUGUGGUGGGCUCACCAGGUUGGUGAAACAAUAGGGAUUUCUGAAGAGAUUAUGGGUUUGACAAUCCUAGCAGCAGGCACAUCAAUUCCUGACCUCAUCACCAGUGUGAUUGUCGCUCGGAAAGGCCUGGGAGACAUGGCCGUGUCAAGCUCUGUGGGCAGUAACAUAUUUGAUAUCACCGUGGGCCUGCCCCUUCCUUGGAUGCUUUUCUCUUUUAUCAAUGGAUUACAGCCUGUUCCUGUCAGUAGCAAUGGCUUGUUUUGUGCCAUUGUUUUGCUUUUUCUUAUGCUUCUGUUUGUGAUCUCUUCAAUUGCAUUAUGCAAAUGGAGAAUGAACAAGAUCCUGGGCUUUACCAUGUUCCUCCUGUACUUUGUAUUCCUGAUAAUCAGUGUGAUGUUAGAAGAUCGAAUCAUAUCCUGUCCUGUGUCUGUCUGAGUCAGUCACUGUUGCUCAAAAUGGACACAGAUCAGAAAAGCAGCCAGAAGUUACUGUACCACUUGUUACAUUAAAGAAAGAAUGAACAUGAUCCAGGAGAGUGAACUGAGUGGGCAGGAGCCUCUGAUGUGGAUGUGAUCGGGACUGAAGUUUAUCCUUGGAAAUACCUGCAGCUCAUUGUGGAUUAGGACUCUUUGGAGGGGUGGAGCUCCUACCGCCCCUGAUGCAGACAGCUAACACAUGGAGGCCAGCAGAAGGACCCAAGUCAGAGGAUUUUCUAAAAUGAGAUAUCUGGGAGUGAGGGUUGGGACAGGUACCUUAGCAAUCAGAUAAGCUCCCAUGUUCACAGUUCCCUGAUUGUUCCUGAAGGGCUGCUGAUGCAAAAGAUGCAGGUGUGGUCUCCAUCUCACCCUCCUGGCCCCUGCCCCCAGCACAUGCUGCAGUUUACUGUCUCCUCUUUUUCUGUUCAAAACAUGUGGUUCUAUCAGAUUUGUAUUCAUUACAGGUUCAGUUAUUGGUGAGUUUAAAGGAGCAAAGUCUAUAGGAAAAAAAGUAUAACAAGAAUCUAUUAUCAUUACACACUGUAGUCCAGUAAAAUGUGUACCAAUAUUUUAUAGCUUAAAAAGGACUACAUUUGCUCUUGUUGCAUUUUUGAAAGUCAAAUUAAAAUAAGCAGCUCAAGAAAUUAAAAUUUAUAAUUUGCCCUUCAAUUGGAAGAUGUGGGUAUUAGGGAAGGAAAACUACUCUGAGGGCUAUUUAAAAAUAUGUAUUUAUUAGGAAAUCCAAGUUAGUGUUGUCUCCAUCAGGUGGGUCACCCUGAGGGAUUAGACAUUCUAACAAAGCUGUCCUGGCUCUGUGCCCCUCCCCUCUCAUAUUCUCACCCAACAGUGACAGCUGCACUAGUGAGUGAGAAACAAAGUAAUUUUUAAAGAGUCUAAAGUCAGUAGAG